AGUCCCACCCUGAGGAAUAUGGAGGUGGCCGGAGGCGCCGAGACUGAAAUCCGGCCUCUGAAGCCGUGUCUGCUGCGCCGCAACCACAGCCGCGAGCAGCAUGGCGUGGCGGCCUCCUGCCUGGAGGAGCUGAGGAACAAGGCCUGUGACAUUCUGGCCAUUGAUAAGUCCCUGGCACCAAUCACCCUGGUCUUGGCAGAGGAUGGCACCAUAGUGGAUGAUGAUGAUUACUUCCUGUGUCUGCCUUCCAACACUAAGUUCGUCGCAUUGGCCAGUAACGAAAAGUGGACGUACAACAAUUCAGAUGGAGGUACAGCUUGGAUUUCCCAAGAGUCCUUUGACGUAGAUGAAACGGACACUGGGGCAGGGCUGAGGUGGAGGAAUGUGGCCAGGCAGCUGAAAGAAGACGUGUCCAGCAUCAUCCUCCUGUCCGAGGCAGACCUCCAGGUGCUCAUUGAUGCUCCGUGUUCAGACCUGGCUCAGGAACUCUGCCAGAGCUGCGUCACCGUCCAGGGGCUCCAGAACACCCUCCAGCAGGUCCUGGACCAGAGGGAGGAAGCCCGUCAGUCCAAGCAGCUCUUGGAGCUUUACCUCCAGGCUUUAGAGAAGGAGGGCGGAAUCUUGUCAAAGCAGCAAGAGUCCCAAACUGUUGGUGACCAGACGGAUGCAGUCGACACGGGGGGUAACAGAGAGAGCUCCUCCACAAUCGCACUCACAAGCCAGAUCCUUACUGUGCUGAAGGAGAAGCCUGCUCCAGAGCUGAGUCUGUCCAGUCAGGAUUUGGAGCUGGUUGCCAAGGAAGACCCCGGAGCUUUGGCUGCCGCUUUGAGCUGGGACGCGGAGAAGACGGUGACAGUGCAGCAGGCCUGUAAUCAGGAGCUCAGCCUGCGCCUCCAGCAGGUGCAGAGCCUGCGUUCUCUCCGGAACCUGUCGGCCAGGAAGAGUUCGCUGCGUGGAGAACGGCAGGAGCCUAAGCGAGCCAGACAAGACCCCACAUAGCUGCAGCCGGAAACCCCGUGGCCUUGUUCUCAUUCUCAGUAAAUACCUUCAGCCUGAUUACUGUAGCUGCUGCCUUAAUACUGUACCCCCUGCCUGAUAGCACCUUCUGGAACAGCCUGGAAGACCAGCCUCCUGCGGUCCCUUCCAGAAAAGUGCUGUCACAUCUCAGCUCCCGCCCUUGCAUUUUUUGAAUGACAAAGCUGCACCAACAAUACCCCACCUCUUACUAAUGACCUGUCCUCGUGGUCUCUGUUUGAAAAGAAGCUGCUGUAUUUCAGACUCACUAUCCUUUUUCAGAAGCUAGAACUGCAGAAUUUUCAACACAGAUAAUGGUCAGGAAGGUGACGUACCAGAGUUGAUUUAUGGCCACAAACUCGUUUCUCAAGUGAAUGAAUUUUUUGGUUUGUGUAAAGGCGCAUAUUAAGUCUGCAGACCAUAGGGACAUAUGGAGAGUCUAAUUCGCCAUUUCUAAUUGUGAAAUUAUAUUUGUUACCACUGUGAAACUGUUUCUAGUUUUCUAAUAUGUUUUAUCAGCAGGGGGUAUGAAAGGUCA